ACACAUUUCCGUAAAAAUCGUUGUUACCCAAAUUUUACUGUGAUUUUGAUAAUAAAAGAGAAUACUGUGAACACUUUGUCCGCAUGAAUGGACCACAGAACUAGGAAACGUGUGAGAGAAGCUAAAUUAAAAGCUAGGCCAGAGUUGGGCACUGAUCCAGAUGGCUGGUAUAAGAAUGGGUACCAUGAAACGAUAGACUUGUCAAAGUCAUCUGUGAAGGAUAAUGUAGAGAGAGUGGAUGCGAGAUCAAUUACAAUAGAAGAGUUCCGUGAGAAAUACGAGCAAACAUAUACACCAGUAGUCAUCACACAUUUGCAAGAUGAUUGGCAGGCUGGGCAGAAGUGGACGCUUGAUCGAUUGUCAAAGAAGUAUCGUAACCAAAAAUUUAAAUGUGGAGAGGAUGAUGAAGGCUACUCUGUGAAGAUGAAGAUGAAAUAUUUCACUACAUAUAUGGAAAAUAAUAAAGAUGACAGUCCAUUGUAUAUAUUUGAUAGCAGCUAUGGAGAGGUAAGGCCAGAAAAAAAGACCAGUAAUUAAGGUUACUUAAUAUUAGGGUAGGUAGGUAGGCAAUAAUUUCUUUUCUAAGUUUUUUUUUUCUUUUUUCGUGAAUAAACUUCAAUAAUGUUAAAUGCAUCAUUUAUAUUCAUAUAGGUUAGAGACCACCAAUUGUUUUCCCAUUA